CUAACUUCGAUCGACAAUAGUGAGAUCUUCAAUUGAAUUUGAUCACAGGAACCUUACUGCAACCCUCUUCAAGUAACUUUCUCAAGGAACAAUCAUUACUCUGCCUCGGUCACCGGGAAGGAACUUUUUGGAGAGAUGACCCUCAAUGCUACUUACACGGAUUUCGGUCAAAUCGUUUACACUGAUCCACAAGGAAAGGUAUCAAUCUAUAAUCCCGGUGACAUAUCAUGGAUCCUCACUUCAACUGCAUUGGUCAUGAUUAUGACUCCUGGACUCGCCAUCUUUCAUGCCGGUUUGCUCCGGCGGAAGAACGCUCUCUCUCUCAUGUUUCUUUCAAUCGCAAUCUAUUCAGUCGUGGCUAUUCAGUGGUUUCUAUGGGGCUUCUCUUUGGUCUAUUCACCUAAUGAUUCGUCUUUCGUCGGUUCACUUCAUCAUGUCGCAUUUCAACAUCUUGGUUUCGAUCCUGCGGAAUCUAAUGCUCGAAUUCCUGUUUUGGCGUAUGCAAUCUACCAGAUGAUGUUCGCAACUAUUACCUGUGUCAUCAUCAUGGGAGCAGUAGCUGAAAGGGGAAGAAUUGUACCUGCCGUAGUAUUUGCUGUUCUCUGGACCACAAUUGUUUAUGAUCCAAUAGCUAGGUGGACUUGGUCAAUCAGAGGAUGGUCACUCAAAUUAGGUUCAUUGGAUUUCGGUGGAGGUGGACCCGUUCAUAUGUCAUCCGGAUCAGCUGCCUUGGCUUACAGUCUUGUUUUGGGACAUCGAGCUGGGUAUAAAACUGCUAGGCUUGCUUAUCGUGCUCAUAAUGCCUCUUAUGUCUUUCUGGGUACUGCUUUGCUUUGGUUCGGAUGGUUCGGCUUCAUUGGUGGUUCAACAGAUGCUUCAAAUCUUCAGGCAUUGCAUGCUUGUCUGGUCAUCAAUCUUUCUGCUGCUGCUGGUGGUCUUACUUGGCUUGUCAUUGAUCGUCUUCGUCAAGGAACCUGGUCUCCCGUCUCGUUCUGCUCUGGAGUACUUGUUGCUUUAAUUGCCGCUACACCGGCCGCAGGACUUGUGCCUGCCUCAGCUGGAUUGGCUUUUGGUGUGAUAUCAGCAUUAGUUUGUAAUUAUGCAACGGUCCUGAAGGUUUGGCUGGAUUGUGAUGACGCACUUGAUAUCUUUGCAUCUCAUGCAAUAGGAGGAUUAACAGGAUCCUUACUUACCGGUAUUUUUGCGGACGCCAAUACGGCUUCUUUUGAUGGUAAAACAAAUAUCAAAGGAGGUUGGAUUAAUGGAAACUUCAUUCAAUUUGCAUAUCAACUUGCUAGCUCAUCUGUGAUAUUGGGCUAUAGUUUUAUUAUAUCAGCAAUCCUUUUGUUAAUCAUUGAUCGUAUACCUGGUAUUGGACCUCUCAGGGUUGGUGAAGAGGCAGAAAUUGAAGGAUUGGAUUAUGAUCAAUUAGGAGAAUUGUUAGUAUUCUAUCUUUCAUUUGAAACCUCUUCAUGUGAAGAUACUGAUGUAGGAUUUCAACAUACAACAGCGCCUAUGAUUACGUAG